AUGGCAUCUCAGGUCGCGAUUAUUACCGGCGGAGACACCUUCCGCAGCGUCUUCACCUCCAACGGCAGGCUUGAUUCUGUAUUUGCCAAUGCCGGCGUAAUUGAACGGACUAACUUCUUUGCUGCGUCCGAGUCGGACGAACCGCCGCCGAAACCGGAUCUGCGCGUUCUUGAUAUUGACUUGAAGAGUGUCGUACUGACUAGCUACCUGGCUCAGCAUUAUUUCCGUCGAUCUCCUGGACAUGGGAAGGGGGCUAUCUUGGUCAUCACAGCUAGCUGUGGGGGAGGGGGAGGGGUUUAUCCCUCUUGGUCGGUGCCGUUGUAUUCGGCUGCUAAACAUAGACGACAAGAUCAUGAUCAGAAAGACGGGGAUAGCGACUUUCUAGUCGAUGCCAUGGGUGUCAGUGUUCCCAGCGAAAAGGCAUAUGGGCAUGCGGUGGAGAUCUCAGGGACGAGCUUUUAUUUUCGCUAG